AUGGGGAAUAGUUGGCCUACUUCUGUAGAGCUGGCUAAUGAUGCUGCUGUGAAUCAAAUACAGGAGAUUAUUUCAGACAACUGUGUGGUGAUUUUCUCUAAAACAACAUGCUUCUAUUGCAAAAUGACAAAAAAACUUUUUGAGGGUAUGAAUGUAAAUUAUACAGCUGUAGAACUGGACAUGAAUACAAAUGGAAGUCAGUUCCAAGAUGUUCUUGAACAGAUGACUGGUGGCAGAACAGUGCCAAGAGUGUUUGUCAAUGGGACUUUUGUUGGAGGUGCUACAGAUACUCAGAGACUUCACGAGGAAGGCAAACUGCUUCCAUUAGUUCAUCAAUGUCAAGUGAAAAGAAAAAAAAACCCUGAACAGCCAUCUAGCUUAGCUUAA